CUUCUCUCUCUGCACCCAAAAACAACCACCAUGUACGGCCUCACCACUGCCACCACCGCCACCUUCAACGACGACUCCACCGACUUCUUCAGCCAUUUUCCACCACCUUGUGCUUCCUUGGUAGCACCUCCUCCUCCUCCUCCUCCUCCGCCUCUGAUCAUUCCCGGCAACGAGUACGACUCAAUGUCGGCCGCGCUGAAUUUGGAGGUCUGCCACAGCAGUAGCAGUUGCAGCAGCUACAGCUCGCCGAGUUCGCUCAUGAGUUGCUCCACGACUCAGAGUACGAGUUUGAUACAGAGGAGUGUGAGCAGUCACUCGCUUCGGAAGAAUGGGGUUUGCAGCCAACUCGUCUCGUCGCCCACGGAGUUUGUUGAGUCGGAGAGUAGUCUCGUCCGGAGGGUGUUCAGCACCGGCGAUUUGCAUCAGAGGAUUAAUAUGAUGCAACAUUGCCAUCGAUCAGAUAGCACAUUAUCCAAUGAGAUUAGUAUCAUUGAGGGAAUGAACAAAGCUUGUCGUUACAGCCCAGAAGAGAAGAAAGAAAGAAUUGAGAGAUACAGAAGCAAGAGAAAUCUCAGAAACUUCAACAAGAAAAUCAAGUAUGCGUGUAGGAAGACAUUAGCAGAUAGCCGACCACGAAUCAGAGGACGGUUUGCAAGGAAUGAUGAAAUUGAGAAGAGCCCUCAGAAUCAAUGGAGUCAUAUAGGCGGGGAAGAAGACGAUGAGGACGAUGAGAAUUGGAUCAAUUUACUCGAUGCUUUCACGGCUAAUUUGGUUCCUUAAUCGCAGAUUAGUUCUGCGUUGAAUGGUUUAACAGAUAGUGUGGCAGUUCUAAGUUGCUGGUUUCUUAUUAUGAUGAUGCAUUUUAAAAGCUAUUAAUUAAGCUUUUUUAAGUUAGGUAAUGUAAAUAUGGUUUUGAUUGUAUGACCAUUUGGAGCUCACUCAAAAGUCUAAAGAGAGAGUUCUUAAUUGCUAGAAGAUGUUUACUAACUGGCUUUAGGCAGUUUCUGAUCAUCAAAAAUGCUUAAUUAUUUCAGGCUA